CUGUCCGUUGAUUUCUGAUCAGACCGCAGCGCACUCUCCCUGUACAGGCUUAUCCCUCCAGCAGAGGUGGCCUUCCUCCGCAUAGGAUAGGCCAGAACCCAAAUCCACAGCCAUGGCGCUCCUCCUGUCCCCCACCGUCUCCUUCAUCGCCCCCUCCCCCUCUUCCGCUCCUCGUGCCCGAGCUCUCUCCAGCUCCACCGCCACCGCCGCCAGCAAUAAUGCCUUCCCUUACCUCGCCUCGAGACUUCAGUGCAAGACCGGCGCCUCAGUCAGCCAUGUUUCUCUUGCCAAGAAAAUGCCCGUAGUUGUCCACGCCUCUGCAGAGGCUGGUGCAACUGAUACCGCGGAGCAACCAGAGAAGCCAAAACCAGCGGCUUCGAUCGAGGACAUGCCGCUCGAGUCCAAGCAGCAGAUGAUCCUGGAGCAGAGGGCACGGAUGAAGGUGGCCAAGAAGUUGAGGCAGCGGCGCAAGCGGCUCGUCCAAAAGAGGCGGCUGAGGAAGAAGGGCAGGUGGCCACCGUCCAAGAUGAAGAAGCUCAAGAAUGUCUGACCGGCACAUGAUGUCGGACAGCUGGUCCGUACCAUUCCUUUGUAAACCUACGUGUUGCGUUCCUCUAAUGCAUUGGUGUUUGUUUGGUUUGUACAAUUUUUCUGUUCUGAAACACAUAAUCGGUUAUAAUGCAAUUAAAUUUUUACCAUAAUGAAA